AUUUCCUUCCUAAGCCGGAGAAGAAGAAAGGAAACUUUCAAAGGAGGAGGAGGAGCAAAGAUCAAAUCAAACUUUCCCGAGAAAUCUCCGUCGGCGAAAAUUUGUUAAUGCAUCAACAAUUAACGGGAGAGAGAGACUGAGUCUUCUACCACCUUCUUUCGAUUCACCUCGCAGCUCUCCAAAGGACUUGCGAUCAUGUCGUCGGAGUUGAAACAGCUAAUCGUCGUUGUUGAAGGCACCGCUGCCUUGGGUCCUUAUUGGCAGACCAUCGUCUCCGACUAUCUCCUCAAAAUCAUCAGGUCUUUCUGUGGCACUGCGUUAAAUGGAGAGAGGAACCCUGUUUCUAAUGUUGAGCUGUCACUGGUGAUCUUCAAUUCUCAUGGCUCAUAUUGUGCGUGCUUGGUUCAACGGAGUGGCUGGACGAAAGAUGUUAAUAUUUUCUUCAAUUGGCUUUCGUCCAUACAAUUUGCCGGUGGUGGUUUCAAUGAGGCUGCCACAGCCGAAGGCCUUGCCGAAGCAUUGAUGAUGUUUUCUCCUCCUUCAGGCCAAGCGCAACCAAGUAAUGAUCUGAAAAGGCACUGUAUCCUAAUCACAGCCAGCAACCCUUACUCGUUGCCAACACCUGUAUAUCGUCCAAAAUUGCAAAAUCCGGAACGGUAUGAAAAUGGCCAUGCGCAAUCUGAAAGUCGUUUAUCAGAUGCCGAGACAGUGGCAUCAUAUUUUUCUAGGUGCUCUGUUUCAUUGUCUGUUGUGUGUCCAAAGCAGCUUCCAAAAAUAAGAGCACUAUACAAUGCGGGAAAGCUCAAUCCACAAAGUGCGGACUUGUCAAUUGACACGGUUAAGAACGCAUUCUAUCUUGUCCUGAUCUCAGAGAACUUUGUGGAGGCACGUGCUGCCUUAAGUCAUUCUGCUACAAAUUUGCCACAGACCACCCAAAGCCCUGUGAAAGUGGACAGGGCCACUGUUGCUCCAUCUCUUCCAGUCACUGGCCAACCUCUAGCUCCUGUGCCAUCAGCCAAUGGACCUAUUAUGAGUCGGCAACCAGUCUCUGUCGGACCAGUUCCUAUUGCUACUGUGAAAGUUGAGCCUAGCACUGUAUCUUCUAUGGCAGCAGUUCCAACUUUUCCUCAUAUCCCGUCCGUAGCUGGGCCUGCUACACAAGCAAUUCCUUCAGUUCAAACAUCUUCAGCAUCGCCAGUCUCUCAUGAAAUGGUCACCAAAGCCGAGAAUGCACCAGAUGUUAAGCCUGUAGUUGGUGGAAUGACGCCACAAUUGCGUACUGGCCCUCCUGGUGGAGCUAAUGUAAAUCUGCUGAAUAAUCUUUCUCAAGUUCGACAAGUCAUGAGCUCUGCAGCUCUGGCGGGUGCAUCCUCGUCGGGGCAAAGUGCGGUUGCAAUGCAUAUGUCAAAUAUGAUAUCAACAGGAAUGGCUACAUCUCUGCCUCCUUCACAAACUGCGUUUUCAUCUGGACAGCAGGGAAAUACUUCAACGGCUGGUUCGGGUGCAUUAGCGGGGACUGAACAAGCGGGACAAAGCCCGGCUCCUAAUAAUGCCUUUAGUCCUCAAACAACGUCGAAUGUUGCGUCAAACCUUGGUGUUUCGCAACCAAUGCAAGGGAUGAACCAAGGAAGUCAUUCUGGAGCACAGAUGAUGCAAAGUGGAAUUUCCAUGAACCAAAACAUGAUUAGUGGUAUCGGUCAAGGAAAUGUCUCCUCUGGAACAGGUGGAAUGAUGCCUACUCCAGGAGUUGGCCAACAAGCGCAAUCAGGAAUACAACAGCUUGGUGGUAGUAACAGUUCAUCUCCUAAUGUGCAGUUGUCACAGCCAUCGUCGGGGGCUAUGCAGCCUUCUCAAUCCAAAUAUGUUAAAGUCUGGGAGGGAAAUUUAUCUGGGCAGAGACAAGGGCAGCCUGUUCUUAUCACCAGACUUGAGGGUUACCGAAGUGCGUCUGCCUCUGAUUCGUUGGCAGCCAAUUGGCCACCGAAUAUGCAGAUCGUUCGGCUCAUAUCCCAGGAUCAUAUGAAUAACAAGCAAUAUGUUGGCAAAGCUGACUUCCUUGUGUUUCGGGCCAUGAGUCAACAUGGGUUUUUAGGACAACUUCAGGAUAAGAAGCUUUGUGCAGUCAUCCAGCUGCCAUCACAGACUCUGCUUCUCUCUGUCUCUGACAAGGCCUGCCGCUUAAUUGGAAUGCUUUUUCCAGGGGAUAUGGUUGUGUUUAAGCCACAAAUUCAAAAUCAGCAACAGCAACUACUCCAACAACAACAACAGAUCCAGCAGCAACAGCAGAUCCAGCAGCAGCAGCAGCAACAACAACAACAGAUCCAGCAGCAGCAACAACACCAUCACCAACAGCAACAGCUGCCACAACUCCAGCAGCAGCAGCAUCAAAUGUCACAGCUCCAACAUCAUCAGCAGCAACAGCUGUCACAGCUUCAACAUCAUCACCAGCAGCAGCAGACGUCACCGCUGAAUCAGAUGCAGCAACAAACUUCGCCACUGAAUCAGAUGCAGCAGCAGCAGCAGCCUCAACAGAUGGUUGGGUCAGGAGUAAUGGGUGGCCAAGCUUUUGGGCAAGCUCCUGGAAGAUCACAACAAGGUGGUGGUGGCGGAGGGCAGCCUACCAUGCCAGGAGCGGGCUUCAUGGGAUAAAAGCUUGAUAUCUCUUCAGUUUUUUUUACUUUCUGCUAAUUAGUUUCAUCAUAUAAACAUAACUUAUAUCUGUCUUCUUGGCCAACUUGAUUAAGACCAUUGUUUAGUUCGUGUCAUUUGCCUCUGCCUGAAAAAUGGCAUCCUCAUGUGGGCCUCUGAUCAUUAACUAAGCCACCAAAUGACAUUGUUUUAUUGUCUAGAGAAACAUAUUAAUGUGGUUGUCUUUCA